UCCCUUCUCGCCAUCCUUAAUUUAUCACGUUGACGAACACUAAGCUACUGAGCGAGCAAAAGCAACCAUGUCCAUUCGAAAAAUAUCCACCAUCCUCGCCGUGCUCUUACCUACGUUUUGGACGGCCGCGACCGCCGUGCGCAGCUCGACGCUGCUCCUGGCGCGCUCGCACUCGUUGCCGUCGCCCAACGCCGGCGCGCCGCUCACCCAAUGGGCGGCUUCCCUCGCCGCGCAGUCCGCCGCCGACGUGACACGCGUUGGCAUGCUCGCGGCAGCCGUGCCUGCCAAACCCAAAUCUGAGAGCAAAGGCCGGUCGUUCGUGCCGAUCGCUUCGGGCCGGCAGAUCCUCAGCAUCAACAAUUACGUGGCCCGCGCGCGGCUCGGCACGCCGCCGCAGACGCUGCUGGUUGCCAUCGACCCCAGCAACGACGCCGCCUGGAUCCCGUGCAGCGCCUGCGUCGGCUGCGCGCCCAAGUCGUCCCCGUCCUUCGCCCCGACGGACUCGCCCACGUACCGGCCCGUGCGGUGCGGCUGGCCGCAGUGCGCGCAGGUGCCGGGCGUCGCGUCCUGCCCCGGCGGCCCCGGCGCGUCGUGCGCGUUCAACAUGUCUUACGGGUCGUCCACGCUCCAAGCCGUGCUCGGGCAGGACGUGCUCGCCCUCGAGGGCGGCGGCGCUGCGUCGUCGUACACGUUCGGGUGCCUCCGCGUGGUCACCGGCCAGUCCGUGCCGCCGCAGGGGCUCCUCGGCUUUGGGCGCGGGCCGCUCUCCUUUCUGUCGCAGACGAAGGACACCUACGGCUCGGUCUUUUCCUACUGCCUCCCGAGCUACAAGUCCUCUAACUUCUCCGGGACGCUGAGGCUUGGCAGCGCCGGGCAGCCGAAGCGGAUCAAGACGACGCCGCUGCUCUACAACCCCCACCGCCCCACCCUGUACUACGUCGACAUGAUCGGCAUACAAGUGGGCGGCAGGGCCGUGGCCGUGCCGGCAUCGGCACUCGCGUCGUUCGACCCGGCUACAGGCACCGGCGGCACGAUCGUGGACGCAGGCACCAUGUUCACGCUGUUCUCGCCCCCCGUGUACGCCGCAGUGCGCGACGCGUUCCGGCGCAAGGUGCGGGCACCCGUAUCGGCGCCGCUGGGCGGGUUCGACACGUGCUACAACCUGACCGGCAGUGGCGUGCGGGUGCCGAGCAUCACGGUCGCGUUCGCCGGCGGGGCGGGGGCGGCCAUGACACUCCCUGAGGAGAACGUGAUGAUCCACAGAACGUGGGGCGGCGUCGCGUGCCUGGCCAUGGCGGCGGGCCCGUCGACUGGGGUGAACGCAGGGCUCAACGUGUUGGCCAGCAUGCAGCAGCAGAACCACCGCGUGCUCUUCGACGUGGCCAACGCCCGGGUCGGGUUCUCGCGCGAGCACUGCACGGCCUGAUCCAUAUAGGCGCGCGAAGGAUGAGUAGUAGUAGUAUAGGUUUUUUUUUAACUUAGUAGUAGUAUAGGUUUGUAUUAUACCAUGCAAAUUGGUGAUUGUUUUGCGCAUGGCACUAAGAAAUGUUGUAUCAUACCACCAACUACAGCUCU